AAGAAAAAAUGAACGACGUAGAUGAAACUCGACCACACCAACCCCUCAACUCUUCUCUCCAAUCCAUCAAUAAUUUACAGUAAAGCUUCCAUCAAUCCAAUUCAUUGCUUUGCUUCACCAAAAAGCAACCAUAUAUAAUACGCAAUUAAUCCGUUUGUCAUCCCCACGUACACUGAAAGGUUGAAGAAAACUACCUGCAAUCCAAGGUUUGACAUGGUUGGUAUAUUGGCUCUGAGCUUAAACUGAGAUGUUUGUAACAUCAAUUGAUGAUUUUGAUGAGAUGGGGUAUUCACUCAGUAGAUUGACUGUAGAAUCUGACUAUUUUGAUGAUGGGAGUACCAACAAUGGAUCAGUUGAGAGCAUUGAUGGACCCAACAAACCGUUUGAUAGUUUAGACCAUGAAGUAGCUCAGCUCACAAAGCUGAGAUCAGCACCCAAUGAGAGGCUUAGGCAAGUCGGACCGGGGAGGCGGGGCCGGCCUGUUUCGACGGUGAAGAUGCUGGAAGGGAGAGAAGGUAAUUAUUCAGGAAGGGGAAGGUUCUCUUCUGCAGAUUGUUGUCAUGUUUUAGGUAGAUACUUGCCGCUGAAUGGUCCUUGGCUCGUUGACCAGAUGCCUAGCCGAGCAUAUGUCUCGCAGUUUUCAGCAGAUGGAUCUCUUUUUGUUGCUGGGUUUCAGGGUAGCCACAUUAGAAUAUACAAUGUGGAUAAAGGGUGGAAAGUCCAGAAGGACAUUCCUGCCAAAAGUAUGCGAUGGACAGUGACUGAUACAUCUCUUUCCCCAGAUCAACGCCAUCUUGUCUAUGCGAGCAUGUCACCUAUUGUUCAUAUAGUUAAUGUGGGAUCUGCUGAAACAGAAUCUCGUGCUAAUAGAAUGGAAAUCCAUGAGGGUUUGGAUUUUUCUUCUGCUGAUGAUGGAGUAUACUCCUUUGGUAUUUUCUCCAUAAAAUUUUCAACAGAUGGACGUGAAGUUGUUGCUGGAAGUAGUGAUGAGUCCAUAUAUGUUUAUGAUCUUGAAACUAAUAAGCUCUCCCUUCGAAUUUUGGCUCACACGUCUGAUGUUAACACUGUUUGUUUUGCCGAUGAAAGUGGCCAUCUUAUUUAUUCUGGGAGUGAUGAUACUCUCUGUAAGGUGUGGGAUAGACGUUGCUUUAAAGCUAGUGGGAAGCCAGCAGGAGUUUUGACAGGGCACCUAGAAGGUAUUACAUUCAUCGACAGCAAAGGAGAUGGUCGUUACUUCAUUUCAAAUAGCAAAGAUCAGAGCAUAAAACUUUGGGAUAUCAGGAAAAUGUCCUCUAGUGCUACUGCUGCCCGCAAUCCAGGGCCUAGGCAUCAUGAAUGGGAUUACAGAUGGAUGGACUACCCACCUCAGGCAAAAGAUAUGAAACAUCCAUCUGAUAUAUCAGUGUCUACUUAUAAAGGUCAUUCGGUCCUGCGUACACUUAUUCGCUCCUACUUCUCCCCGGCGUAUAGCACUGGUCAGAAGUACAUCUACACUGGAUCUCACAAUUCAUGCGUUUAUAUAUAUGAUUUGGUCAGUGGAGCCCAAGUUGGAAAAUUGGAGCAUCAUAGAUCAGCUGUAAGAGAUUGUAGUUGGCACCCAUAUUACCCUAUGCUCAUCAGCUCUUCCUGGGAUGGAGAGGUUGUAAGAUGGGAAUUCACAGGAAAUGGAGAAUCACCACCACCUUUCACCAGAGAGAGAACCCGGAGGAGACAAUAUUCACCAUUCUAUUGAAAACACCAGUUAUGUUAUUAUAGUCCGUCGACGCAUAUUUCAUUUAGGUAAACAAGCAUGAAGCCAGAGACUUAGCAUUGUACACCUGCACGCUAGCUAUUGUUGUUUUUCUAAGCUCAUGAUUGAGAAGUUAAGGGGAUUAUGCACAAAUUCAGUUGUACAUAAGUAACAAAUUAUGGUUUUGCGUUUCAGAAAGAAAGAAAAAGAGGUUUAUGCUUAA